AUGUCGUCGCUCAAAGCUCCACGUGCAGCUACAACGGCUGCCCCGAUCUCAUUUGCGCCGUCACAAUAUUUCGAAGGAGAUGAUGGAAGAUGGUCCACAUUUGUAGUGCGUGUUGGCACACCCGAGCAGAGCUUUCGCGUCCUGCCAUCUACAGUCUCAAGUGAAACAUUUCUCCCCAUGGCCGGUGCCUGCAAAGAUGACGAACACAUGAGCACGCAAGACUGUGCCUUUUCGCGUGGUGCGGAGAUUUACCAGGGCCGGACAAACAAUGGCUUCCAAGCCAAUCUGUCCAGUACAUGGCACGAGGUUGGUAUCUACCAAACAACGAACCGUGAAGAGCUGGGUUACAACGCAUCUGGUCUCUAUGGCCUAGACACCUUGGGGCUAAUGAUCGCAAAUUCCGGAGGACCCACUUUAGAAAACCAAACAAUCGGUGCUGUGGUGAAUCCACGUCUGUGGGUUGGAAGAUUAGGAAUGGACGUGAAGCCUAGCAACUUUUCAGAUUUCGCGAAUCCGCAACCAAGUUUGAUCAAAACUCUGCAUGAGGAAGGUUACAUACCUAGUCUGAGUUAUGGAUAUACAGCCGGCGCAUACUACAAACAACCAAACGUAUAUGGGAGCUUGACUUAUGGUGGCUACGACCAGUCACGAUUCACUCCCAACAACGUCACGUUUCCCUUUGAUGCCAAUGACAGUCGUAAACCUAGUCUGAAGAUACAGGCAAUAAUAGGGCAAAACUUGGCUGGUGAGACUAUUAGUCUGCAGGAAGAGGUCGUGCCGUAUAUGUUGGUCGACUUUGCAGAGCCACACAUAUGGUUGCCAGUACCGACCUGUGAUCGGUUUGCAAAAGCUUUCAACUUGACAUACGACAAUAGCACAGACCUGUACUUGGUCGACUCUUCAACUCACGCAAAGCUGGUGGAGCAAAAUCCAACCAUCACCUUUGGACUUGGACAAACAGCAUCCGACCUCUCGGGUCGGGUCAACAUAGUGCUGCCCUACAGCGCAUUCGAUCAGCAGGCCUCUUACCCAAUAUUUGAGAAUUCAACCAACUAUUUUCCAAUAAGAAGGGCAUACAACGAGACUCAGUACACCUUGGGACGUACCUUUUUCCAAGAAGCAUAUAUCAAGAUUGAUUAUGAUCGAGAGAAUUUCUCCAUCCAUCAAGCGCUGUUCCCAACAUCUGGAGACAAACAGGAAGUCAUCCCAGUAUUCAGUCCAACCGAAAUAUCGAACAUCCAAGGUCGAAAUUUACUGAGUAAAGGAGCGAUAGCCGGAAUAGCAAUAGGCAGUAUACUCUUAUUAGCAAUUGCAUCAUUUUUGGGACUCUGUGUUUGGCAGAAGAGGAGGAAGAUAAAGAUGCCACAACAGCCUGCAAUAGAGGACCCAAGCAUAGAAUGUGAAGGUCAGCCCAGGAUAGAGACUGAAGGCGCGGCUGUGUUUGAGAAGGAUGGUUUGCCCUGUGCAGAGAUGGAGGGACAUAUCUUCCCAGAGCUGUAUGCCCCACAUCCAUUGCCAGAAAACAAUAUUCCAGUCAUUGAGAUCACAAAGGCGGAUCUCAGUCCAAUUUUCGAGUUGUGUGAGAGUACUGACAGCAGAUCCCUGAGCGGUGGGGAGUCAGAAGCUGGGAUUUCAGAAGAAAGGAUGCGACUCCCACCAGGCUAG